CCUGGGGAGAAGGAGCUGCCUACAAGCAAACAGAGGGGCACUAAUAAGUUAUCGCAACACCGCCAUCACCACCACCGCCAAACUGCACAACCCUUGACCGCCUCGACCGAGUACCCCCCCUCGAUCCAACCUUCAUAUCUACAAAAUGGCUGCCGUAGCACCAGCCGCCGCUGGUCCCAGCAAUGCCACCUUCAGGGACAAGGAGAAGCCGUUGGCCGUCCGUUCCGCCAACAUCGUCGCCGCCAGAGCUCUUGCCGAUGCCGUCCGGACAUCGCUGGGCCCAAGGGGCAUGGACAAGAUGAUCCGCAGCGGAAAGGGGGAGACCAUCAUCACCAACGAUGGCAGCACAAUGUUGAAGAGCAUGGCCGUCAUGCAUCCCACAGCCAAGAUGCUUGUCCAACUUUCCAACGCCCAAGAUGUCGAAGCCGAGCCGCCGCCGCCGCGGUCAAGGUCUUGCAUGAGAUGUCACAACCUAUCGCCCUUACCGACACCUCCUCCCUCCUUCAAGCCGCCAACACCUCGCUGUCCUCCAAGAUUGUGUCCCAAUACUCCAACCUCCUCGGCCCAAUGGCCGUCAACGCUGUUACCAAGACGAUCGACCUUAAGACGGCAGAUAACGUCGACCUGAGGAAUAUUCGCAUUAUCAAGAAGGUCGGCGGGACGAUAGAAGACAGCGAGUUGGUGGACGGUUUGGUUCUCACACAGCCAGUGAUCAAGAGCGCGGGAGGGCCCAUAAGGAUGGAGAAGGCCAAGAUCGGUCUUAUUCAGUUCCAGCUCAGCCCUCCUAAGCCUGAUAUGGAAAACACCAUCCAGGUCAACGACUACAGACAAAUGGAUAAGAUCGUCAAGGAGGAGCGCAUGUACCUCCUCAACAUGGUCAAGAAGAUCAAGAAGGCCAAGUGCAACGUUCUCUUCAUUCAAAAGUCUAUCCUCCGCGACGCCGUCAACGACCUCUCCCUCCACUUCCUUCAGCGCCUCGGCAUCCUCGUCGUCAAGGACAUUGAGCGUGACGAAGUCGAGUUCAUCUGCAAGUCCACCGGCUGCAAGCCCAUCGCCGACAUUGACAGCUUCACUGAGGACAAGCUUGGCUCCGCUGACCUUGUUGAGGAGGUUCAGUCCUCUGGCAGCAAGAUGGUCAAGGUCACCGGCUGCAAGUCCACCGGCAAGACCAUCUCAGUCGUCGUCCGCGGCGCCAACGCUCUCAUCCUCGACGAGGCUGAGCGCUCCCUCCACGAUGCCCUCUGCGUCGUCCGCUGCCUCGUCAAGAAGAAGGCUCUCAUCGCCGGUGGCGGUGCCGCCGAAAUUGAAAUUGCCGCCCAGCUCAACAAGCAAGCACGUGCCUUGACCGGCACCGAGGCCAUCUGCUGGAAGGCCUUUGCCGACGCUAUGGAGGUUAUUCCCACUACUCUUGCGGAAAACGCCGGGUUGAACAGCAUCAAGGUUGUGACUGCCCUGCGCCACAAGCACGAGAUGGGCGAGAAAAAUGCUGGUGUCAGUAUCAAGAGCGGGGGUGUCAACUCGGAUAUUUCAAAGGAGAAUGUGCUGCAGCCAUUGUUGGUGAGCACGAGCGCGAUUGAGUUGGCGGCGGAGACGGUGAAGAUGAUUUUGCGGAUUGAUGAUAUCGCCUUGAGCAGGUAG